AUGCAGCCCAGCGCCGAGGCCGUGCCCAUCCGGCCGGUGAUGGCCGAGCCCAUCGAGGUCCACAUGCUGGGCCUCGGCGUCGUGGGCAUCGUGCGGGACCAGCACGCGGCGAAGCUGGCGAAGCGCGUGCUGUUCCUGAGCCAGGUAUUGGUCGGCAUCCAGCUCGUCCUCGCCGUCGUCGCCAUCGUGCGGAACCACGGCAUCUUGUUCGUGCUCGUGGGACUGUUCUUCAACCUGAUCCACCCGACGUGCGGCUACUUCGGCGUGCGGAAGAAGGACAGCGGCCUUUUAUGCCUUUUUUGCAGCUACGGCAUGGCCCAGGCGGCGGCCGACGCGAUCGUGGCGUGCACGUUCAUCGUCGACGCGACCCAGGCGGAGACGUACCGGCGGCGGGUCGCGUCGGGCUGCAUCGCCGGCUACUACGCCGUGCAGGGCGUCGUCCACCUCGCGGUCUUCCACUGGGGCAACAAGCUCUACAACAACCGCAACUACAUCGAGGGCGGGAGGAGGCAGAUCACGCCCGUGGGGCGGCGGCCGCCGCCCGCGGAGCCCUUCCCCGUCGCGACGGCGUUCCCCGUCGACGAGGUCGCCGCGGUGCUCGUGCCGGACACGCCGCGCGGCGACGACGGCGCGCUGAGCGACGCGCCGAGCGACGCGCCGUCGGCGCACGUCGGCAGUCGGACGCUCGACGACGACCUCGAGGCCGCGCCCGUCGUCGAGGACUUCCUAAAGGGCUAG